AUGAACGUUUCAUCAGCAAACAGUUGUUCUCUUCCAAUGGCUCAUGGUAUUCCACUUAUCUUAGUCAACGCUAUCGUUUGCGUUUUGGGAACACUUGGAAAUUUGCUUGUUUGUUUGGCCAUUGCUACAAACUCCCGCUUACGCCGAGCCUCCAACUACCUUCUAUUCAGCUUAGCAAUCGCUGAUCUAAUCAUCACCUUCGUAUGCGAGCCAAUCGUUCUGGAAUACAUCAGCUACCUAACAUUCUUCCACGAGUGCAAAAGAAGCCCGCAACUACGUGUGUACUCCAUUUCUUCUGGUCUUUCAUGCCAAUCCUCAGUCUUACAUUUGGCGGCAAUCAGUCUUGAUCGUUUCAUUGCCGUUGCGUUUCCACUGCGUCACAACAUCUUCAUGGAAAAAGGCGGACUAAAGGUUAUGCUCAUAGCAUCAUGGUCCAUUCCGAUUCUUACUUCCGUUUUACCCAACAUCAUCAAGAUUCCGACAAGUUCCACACCCGUCUUUUAUUUUAUCAGAAUUGGAAUCUUUGUCUUUAGCGGUUUAAGUAUUUUCUUUUUUCACUUUCUGAUUGUGGUAGCUCUGCUCUACUACAGGAAGAAAACAAAGCAGCUGAGAGCUCGAACCGUUUCAGUCCGGGUCACUUGCACACUGGCUAUCGCAACAGGCGUCUUCACCGUUUGUUGGGUUCCAAUAAUUACUCUGCUUGCCGUUGACAAAUGGCGGAGAAGCCCUCUACACUUUUGGCUCCAAACUCUGGCUCUGUCAAACUCAGCCAUGAACUUUGUGAUUUACUCUGCUAGAAUGCGGGACUUCAAAGAUGCAUAUGUUGGUAUCUUACGCAAGAUGCUCUGCCUGUAGAGCGCUUGCCGUUCACUACAGUUUCAAGAUCUGACAAACUUCUGAGAAAGUUGAGCCCGUAGUUAUAUAAUCGUUAUCGUUAUUAUAGGUAAAUGCUGCCCAGAAAAGAAAAUAGUUCUAAAAAGACUUAAAAGUUUGAAGUGUCAGUUCCAUUCACGUAUGAUUUUCGAAGUUGUCCAAUCACAAAUCCCUGAGAUUUUGGGGAGCAUACCCGUAACGUUUUUAGUCAAAAAUAGUGAAGGAAAGAGGUAUCAGAAAAUCUUACGUUUUCUUAAUAGUUCGUUUGAAAUAAUCUGAAUUCAUUAGACUUAAAAAUGACAAAAAUAAUAAUAAUGAUAAUCUUCACUCGUUCAUUUUCUGUGACCCUUUUGAUAAACUCUUAGCGGAAAAAGAACGCAGGCAGAAGGACGACCACUAUCAAGAAUAAAAAGUGAAAGUGCAAAAGAUCUGGAACUGUAAAAGUAUUUCUGUCAUCCCUAUUAAGGGGCUCUUAAGACUGUAAGUUAACACCUAAGGAUGUGGAUCAGCAAGUUGUGGAUCAGCAAGAUAUUUAGAAGGACCCUAGUACACCUAAGGCUAUAGGAUGUCCAAAAAUAAGAAAGUAUCAUAGGCAAGAGUUACAUUUAUACCCUUUAAAUUUCGUUAAUUUACCAAAUAAGUUCUAGUAUUAAAUGUAUUUAAUAAAUUCCUUAGUUUGUCCUCUUAAGCUGACUCCACUUUACUGUUUUAUUCACACUAAAACAAAACUGUGUGUCCAACAAAGGUGAAAUCAGGGUGAAAUUAAUUUUGCUCAUUUAUGUUAUAUCUUGUGCUUUAUCAACAUUGCCUACAAGGGUUAAAACAACGAUAAGAAACUCUACCAGCUGAUAUUUCUGUGCUUCGGAUGUUCUCAUUUUCUGAGUACGUUUUCUACUGAGCUCCAAUUCUUUCUUUACGGAAACUGUCUCAAAAGUAAAAUAACAAGUACCGGAUUUUGAGCGAAAGAGCGAAGAGCCGAAAACGAAACUCUGUUGGUACACAUAGGAUCUCUACGAGAUCUUGUCCACAAAAUAGCACAUAUAGGGAUACACUGAGAUGGACAAAAUAUAAUAAUAUAUCAGCGGCCAACCAGAUUAUUAUACAGCGUAGCGUUUGUAUUAUUUCUAGUGAAUGACGUGAAAAUGAUAUGAAGAAUUAUGCAGAUUGAUGACGAGAAAGCUAUCUUGCUGUUUACUUCCUUGUUUCCAGCGCCUGAAACAGGGUUGUUGGAUGCCAUAUCUGCCUGGAAACGAGGCUGCUAGGGCAUGUACCAUGGAAUCCAUAUACAUAAAUUGCUCGUAAUUUCCAAAAAAGAUAAGCGCCAGCUAGUUAUCAAAAAUUAGCGGAGUGACUGGAGCCAGUCAAACGGCGAAAUAUUUUAAAUGGAUAACAAUAUGUCACAUUAACCUUUCUAGCACGUUAAUAUUGAUAUUGAUGUUUUGAUCUUGUCGAUAAUCUGGCUUGUCUGGUUGCCCUUGCAAAAGCUUAGAGAAUGUUAUCUUAUCUUUGUGAAUCAACUUCAUAUAGGUCCUUAGACUCGAUCGGCAUUAAAUUAAAUUUGCUUACGUCAGAGUGGGCGGGAAAAACAGAUACAUUUUUAACGUACGGUAAACAACCGCGCCUAUGAUUUCGGGGUUUAGGCUGAUCAUGUUCUUAUUUACAGGGAGUGAAUCAGUCUAAAAAUGUUUUUAAAGCGUUCUUAAAAUUUGUUUAUUUCAAGAGGUAAAACUAACAUACAAUGUUCUAUUACCUACACUAAAAAAUAAAUUUCAAAAAUAAAUACAUACCAUGGCUAUAAUAUAAGUAAACAUUAACAACAUCAACAANGUUUAGGCUGAUCAUGUUCUUAUUUACAGGGAGUGAAUCAGUCUAAAAAUGUUUUAAAAGUGUUCUUAAAAUUUGUUUAUUUCAAGAGGUAAAACUAACAUACAAUGUUCUAUUACCUACACUAAAAAAUAAAUUUCAAAAAUAAAUACAUACCAUGGCUAUAAUAUAAGUAAACAUUAACAACAUCAACAAGUCAACAUCAAACUGUUAAGUAGUUUUAACAUUUGUUUUCAUUUCUUAAUUCACAAGACCAGCAGCCCCUGAGUUUGUAUGGUCCAGCACACCAGAGUAAUUUAAUAUGAGCACAGUUACUGUUUUGGUCUCUUAUUCUGGCAUCCUUUUUCUUUUUAUAUAAGAACAUGUUUCAUUUAUCAGGCUGAAUUGUGUCUUAUACAUAUUGUGGUUUAUUGUCCAACUUUAAGCCUGAUGUUCUUAAUCCGCUUGCUCUUAUAUGCGGGUGUUUACUGUACUACAAACUUGGACUUAUUUUUAUUCAUAUAAAAAUAUAACACUGCCAAAAGUAGACGAAAAAAAAAUGAGCAAUACCGAAUUACAGUGUCCUACCCUCCGAGGAGAGGCUACAUUUUCGCAGUAUGAGCUGGCGUGGGAAAAGUAGCCUCUGCCGACAACCGUUCAAAUCCUUCCAGAAAUCUAGACAAAUAAUUUAAAAUUCAGGUUUUUACCUGUUCUUCACUGGUUUAGAACAUUCCGUAAGUCUUGCGUCAGCGAAUGAACGCUGACCAUUAUUGCGCCUUCAUGCAUCCCUUCGCGCCAAAUUCUCGCGCACGAACGCGGCCCCUGGUUACGUAUUUAAAAGAGCGUCGUCAACUUGGAUAAAAUCUGUAUUUUAAAGCUGUCGGAAUACCAAAACAAGCUGCUGCCGGUGCUUCUUACGAGACGUGGUAAAGAUCUUUAAUUUAUUAUAUGGUAGCUCUUGUUUGCCCGGAAAAAAAAUGGAUACUGCGUUGACUUUUGUUGUGUCGCCUCUCAAUGCAAGGCUGAAUGCACUGUUUUAAGACACAGAUAGGAACCGGAAAGUUCAAAAGAAUCAUUAAUCAGUUAGUGGAAAAAGAAGAAGAGAAACUUUAGUCGAACACUUAUUUGUCCUCAAGGACUUCAACAUGGUUGGUUUCUUCACGGUGGAUCGCUUGUCCUGUUCUCAAAAGAAACCAAAGCGGCAAAGUUUUUAACGAAUUUUCAGGUACAACUUGCACAUUAAUGGUCAAGGAAGUUCCGUUUUUAAAUGAAAAUUUAAGUAUUUAUAGUUGUUUUAUAGAUGUUUUAUACGACUUGAGAAGGAUUUUGACGUUGGCAUUUGCAUUGAUGUCUUCGGCCGCUUUGAAAUGCGUGAAAUGAUAUGAUCUCUUCCUCUGGCUUAAAAACGUCUUUAACAUGAGUGUAUUACUAUAGGUAAUAAGCCUGAAAAAAACUGCCGUUUGAAGUUAAAGUGUGCUCCCUGCAAAAGCAGACAGGACUUACUACAGUUGAUAGCAUAAAAAAUACUUUCCUGAAAAAGACCAUCCGUGGAAAGUUUGCAGCUAAAAUACUUAAAACCAGAGGGGGCGAAGCAGAAAAACAAAACAAAAGCUCGAGGAGAGUUGUUCGCAAGUAGUUGUCGCAAGUUUGAUUCCCGCGAAACUCACGCAGAGUUACACCAUCUUUUCGCCUUUGGAAAAAUUGUUACGGAUGCAUUGAUGCUACAUAUCAAAAGCUGGAAAAAUGUUUUAAAACGCUUUUCGGAGCGUUGGUAUAACCCAUAAACGACUAUUCCACCGGCGCGUUUUUACGAAGUUUCAUUUCAAAAAACGGUAGUUUCAUGACCAUUUAAGCAAUUAACUUAGGGUGCAAAUAAGCUUUCAGAAAGAAAGAAAACAAUAAAGCAGCUAAGAGCUCGAACAGUUUCGUUGAAACUCUUUGAAACUGACUACCUGCAUUAGAGGUCCAUGUUACCUGCACACUGGCUAUCGCAGCGUCUUCACCAUUUUUGGGGUUCCUCCAAUAUAAUGAUUGUACUCAAGUUGUGUUUGCCGCUAAAACACUGAAGCUAAACGGCCCUCUAUACAUGUGGCUCCAAACUCUGGCUCUAUCAAACUCGGCCAUGAUUUUUCUGAUUUACUCCGCUAAAAUCGGAGACUUCAGAGGUGCG